CGCGUUAAAAUGAAUAAAGUGCGGAGGCGGCUGAAGCUGUGAGAUGCUCCCGGACUGAGGAGGAGAUACCUCCCCGGUGCAUCAUGUCCAAAGCGCAUGGGAUCCGGGCGCUCGUCGCCGAGAGACUGACAGCGGCUGCGGAGGAGAUAGUUAAUGUUGUGGAGAGGAAGACGCCGCACACAGCAGAAAUGUCGCCCGAGCAGCAGAGAGAUGUUGUACACAAGCGACUGUCGGUUGUUGCCGACGAGAUUUUUAAGAUCCUGGAGAUAAUGAUGGGUGAAUACGAGGCAGAGGUCUCAGGUUACCGUGAGGACACCGACAGGCAACUGCUCGACAUCACGUUGAAAACGGAGACGAAUGUACAAAGAACAGACAGACUGCAGCUCUCUGGGUCAGAUAUUUCCUGUGAGCAGCAGAAACGUGAGCAGAGCAGGAGCCCCAGCCAAGUCCAGAAAGCACCAGGUCCACCACGGUUCAAAGACGCAUCUACAGAGACAGACUCUGAGUUUAUCCACGAUAAGCCCUCACAUCUUCACCAAACCCAAAGAGCAGAAAAGGGCACCUUAACCAUGAUGGAAACAGAGACUCGAGGAGAGCACUGUGGGCUUCUACCUAAUGACCACGAGGUUCUGGCAUCAAAAAAUUCAGAAUCUGGGAGUGAAGAUAACGAUAGUGAAAAAGACGUAAAUGAGAAACUGUUUCAGAGACGGAGACAAAGUCGGGGUGCAGGUUGUUGCAAAAUGUGUGGAAAGUCUUUGCACAAAGGUUCCGGUGGGAAGAAAAUGAAAGAGCAUACAAGCAAAAUUGCUGCAACCGACAAGCGCCAGGCUACAGGUCAGAGCUGUUGCAGAGUGUGUGGGAAGUUUUUCCGGUACAAACGAUCUUUUCUGAAACACGUACUCAAGCACGAGCACAGCGCAGAUCUGUGUGGGGUCUGUGGAAAACACCUGCACUCUGACGAGAGCUUAAAGGUUCAUUUACAAACUCACACAGAGGAAAACAUCUGCAGGGAUCAAACAGAUGACAGACAGUCCGAGGCAGACUCUGACAGUAAAGUGGGUGACAGUGACGAGGACUGGAAGGAGAGUGAAGGGACCGACAGUGAUGAUGGAGACAGCAAUAAAGAUGAGACCAAAACAAGACCCGGUUUACGAAAGACAAAAACAAAAACUCAAGCAUCAAACAAACCUAAGGGACCAAAGAACAAGGAAUGUAAGGAUUUAUCUAAUCUGAAAUACUGCUGUAAAGUGUGCGGCAGGUCUUUCUGUUACAGAGCCUCCUUUCUGAAGCACGUUCAAGAAGACGAGAGGGAUACAGAUCUUUGUGGCGUCUGUGGGAAAAGUUUUGUGACGGAGGAGAGCUUGAGGCUUCACCUGCAAACUUACAUCAGAACGAACGACUGCGAAGUUUGUGGCAAACACUUUGACGGCCAUAAACAACUGGAGAUGCACAUGAGAACCCACACGGGAGAGAAACCGUACAUCUGCAGCGUCUGCGGCAAAGCCUUCGCUCAAAACGGAAAUCUGAUGGGACACAUGAGAGUUCACACGGGGGAGAGGCCGUAUGUCUGCAGCGUGUGCGGUCAGAGCUUUAGCUUUAAAGAGUAUAUGAUGGCUCACAUGAGAAUCCACACCGGAGAGAAACCCUUUCUGUGCAGCGUCUGCGGAAAAGGGUUCAGACAGAGGGGGACUCUGAAAACACACAUGAUGAUCCACACGGGAGAGUCCACGCACCGAUGCAGCAUCUGUGACAAAAAGUUCUACAAGAGCGGAGCGCUGAAAAUCCACAUGAGGUCCCACACGGGCGAGAAGCCGUAUCUGUGCAAUGUUUGUGGGAAAAGCUUCACCGCGAGCAGCUCACUCACCAAACACAUGGGCGUCCACGAAGGGGAGAGGACGCACCGCUGCAGAGUCUGUGGCAAAGGAUUCUUAAGAAAAGAGGAUCUGAAAAGACACGUUCAGACUCACAGGGACGAGUCCACACAACUGACAAGUCUUUAACGCUGAGAUUGGUGCUGCCUGUCACAAAGGAAUAGCUCAACAUUUGCUUUCUUUCCGAAAGUUAAAGACGGAUUCUGUCUCAUGUAGAGGUGAAACAAUUUUUCAAGCCAAAGUACCAAACUUUACUGAGCUCCAGCUUCACCAUUGUGAGGAGUUACAGCGAUUUUUUUUUUUUUUUAAGAAAAUAGAUAUUUUGAGGGUUUUUGGCUGUUGAUCUGACAAAACAACUUUUCCACUAUUUUCUGACAUAAGUUGUGGUGUAUUUAUUGCUAUAUUUAUUACUGUUAUUCUGUCAAUCUUGCUUUUUUUGUGAUCAUUGAUUAAUGAUCAAAGUCAGCCUCAGUUGACUUUACUACAAUUGAGUUGAGAAAACGACUGGCACAUCAGUUGGUUAUUAAAAUAAAAAUUAUUUCUUUACUUGUAGCAAUAUUAUGUAUACUUAUAUUUUACAAACAAAACAGUGAAUUGGUUCAUCAGAAAAUUAAUUGGCAGGGUACUCGAUAAUGAAAAUAAUUGUUUGUUGUAGCCAUAAAUAUGCAGCUAGGGUCAGGAUAUCUUUGGCUUAGCUUAGCAUAAAGACUGGAAAAUGUAAAUGCCCUGAAAAGGGGUUAUAUUUAAGAGAACACGCUCGUUUCCUCUACUCACAAAUGUAAUAGUUAAAAUCCAUGCAUACACAACACAACUCCGCACAGAACAGCACAGCAAUACAAUUACUUGGGUAACAUAAAACCUCGCGCUACGUCGCGGUUAGCAUCGAUGCUAACCGCGAUGCUAGCCGCUUUACCACAUUUUAACCUUCCACUCAACGGCAAACACUAACAUUCAGUCACCGAAACGCUUUCACCGCCAAGGCCAAGGGUACACAUUAACGGAACACAUUCAUUCAUCAGUGAAUUAUUAUGAUUAAGCAUUCAUACCUGAAAAAGAAGGGCACGCGCUCUUUCCUCUGCUCACAGGUGUAGUGGUUGAAGAGAGGGAACCAUGCACCCGCUCACCGAGCUCUGCGGCUCUACACUCCCCCUGCUGGAGACCUCCGACUACUUCUUACCUCUCGUGGAAAUUAUUUUAACCAAAGAAAUAAAGAAAACGUUAAUACUGUGCUUCAACAUAAUGUAACUGCCGUGAACAGAAACAUGUGAGACAUGGUUUAAGACUGAACCUCACUUGCAUUCAAAUGGACACUAUUCCAUCCUUCACAGAAACAGGGGGAAACGGUUAGCACUGAUCUGUCCAAGGCUCAAAACUAAACCUCAAGACAUGUUUUUUUUUUUUUUUUUUUUUUUUUUGCACAACUGUCGGAAAGAAAGCAAAUAAAUAUAUUUUCUUAAAUGCUGAGCCAUUCCUUUAAAUGAUGAUGAUACAAUUUUACACCUCAAACCAGGGCUGGUUUCAUGUGUAUUUGUACUGAUUGUAUACACAUGGUCUGAUGUGUUCUGGUAAAAAGUUUAGAAACACUAUAAUUUCUU